AUGUCUACCAAAGACAGAGUGCAACAGUUUCAAAAUCUUCAACAUACAAAAAUAAACAAAGCUAGGGGUCCAGAUAAUAUUCCAAUAGAAAGCCUUAAAGCUCUAGGAGAAGACGGAAUACAUUUCCUACCAAAUCUGUUAAGAGGCAUAAUCGAAAUAGGAGACACUCAGUUUGGCUUUAUGCCUGGAAGAUCAACGACUGAUACCAUCCACGCAAUUAGGCAAAUGAGCGAAAAAUACAGGGAAAAGAACAAAAAGCUACACAUGGUCAUUCUCGAUCUAAAAAGAGCCUUCGAUAGAAUCUCAAGAAAACUUAUCUGGUGGGCGCUACGCCAGAAAAAGGUUCCCGAAAAAUAA